CUCUCUCUCUCUAAAAAUCACACUUUCCUAUGCACACACAGUCACACACCUACACACACAGUCUAUCCAAACACAGUAUCUAAAGAUCGAAGAUUUCGCCGUCCUCGUUCGCAAAAUCAGAUCUGAGAAAACUGAAGAGUAAGGGGUGGUUUGUUGUGAACACAUACAUACGGUUUGCUGAGGUUUUUUUUUUUGGUGGUUGUGGCGGAGAUCUAAGAUCCUUGUUUUUGUUGAGUUGGAAAAAAAAAAAGUAGUGAUAGAAUCUGAGCUGAGUUGACUCACUGAGUUGAUUCGAGAUGGAGACUCUAGUUGUUGCUCAUCAUAGGAGCCACCACCGGUUUAAUAACCCUGUCUGUGGUCCCACCAAAUUUGAUUCGUUUGAUUCCUCUUCGCCGGAAAUAUACACCGGAAUUAGUUGCCGGGCGGCGUAUCAGUCUGGAGCAGGUUUACUACCUACCCCAUUAAAAUCUUUCUCCACCCCUGUAGCUAAAAAUGCCCUCUCUGCUCCUUUGUCGCCCAAAACCCCGUCUCCGUAUUUUGUCAAAAAUCAGAAAGGCUCGAAAGGAAGUGUUAAAAUCGGCACUGCUCCAAUCCCUAUUAAGAUGAAUUUCGAGAACAAGGAGAGGGAGUACCGUUUCUCCGAGCGCUGGGCUGGACCCACUUACUCGAAUUCCCCUCCGCCAAGUUCUUUGCCGUUGCCCAAAUUUUCUAUGCGGCCCAAAAGAACCGUUUCGCUCGACUUGCCUUCUAUGGUGUCAGAAAUUGAUUUGCACCCGAUUGCCAAAUCUGCGCCCGCUUCACCGACAAGGUGGAACUGCCCUUCGCCUAAUGACCUGUUUGAUAAUGCUGACUCCGCGACGAAGACCCUUCGUCGAAUCCUCAAUCUCGAUAUCUCCAGCGAUUGAAGGGGUGGUGGGGGCUACGUGCUUGGUGCUCCCUGUAGAUAAGGAAGUUUUAUAUGCUUUGUUGGAUGACUGUAUGUAUAUAGCAAGUAAUAUUGGUCUAUGGUUUAGCUUAGUUUCAUUCUCGCGUACCCUUUACUCAUUAGAGUCGUUUUUCUUCGAAACAAAGCUUGUAUAUUCUGUAGAAAGUAAAAUCUUGUAGGUCCAAUAGGAUUUAGUUUUAACUCCCUACCCCAAUCUUGCCUAUUAGCCUCGAUACUCGGUUAUCAUUCUGAUUUAUCCUCUCAAAAAAUAGCCGAAGGUUUCCUGUAGUA